AAAAUCUAAACCAAAUGACGAAGCAUCUUUACCUUUGGACACGAUAACAGGAUUAGACAUGUCAUUCCAGGGUUUAAAAUUCAUUAGCAAUUCAUUAUUUCUAAUAAACAAUUUAAAAGAACUGCUGCUCCAUAAUAAUGACUUGAGGAGUAUUCCAGAGGGAAUCUGUAGAUUUAAAACACUGGAAAAAUUAAAUUUUAGCUACAACAAGAUCAAGCAUAUUCCUCCAGAAUUGGGCAGAUUAGUCAAUUUGAAGGAGCUGUAUUUAAACGAUAAUUUCAUAUCAGAAAUUCCAUGGGAGAUGGGAAGCCUAUAUAACUUGGAGAUUUUUAAUUUAUCAAAUAAUCCUUUAGUGCCUCCUUUUAAUUCGCUAAGCAAAGACCGUUCUGUAAUUCGCUUUUGCAGAGAGCAUAAUAUAAAUUAUUUACCACCGUGUGAUCGAUCGUGGCUGGAGGUAGUUUACAGACCAGAAAAUUCUUUCGAAACGAUUUCUGUGGGGACCUAUAAUAUUCUCUGCAAUUUUUUUGCCUCUAAGCUAACAUAUGCACCUGCAUGGAUAAUAAAUCCGGAUUAUAGGAAAGACAUCCUUAUACAAAAUAUAAUCUCCUACAAUCUAGAUAUCUUAUACGGUAAAAAAGACAACGUGGUGCUAGUUACAGUUUUAGAGAAGGGGUUGGGACAUACAAUAAUUGUUGCCAAUACCCAUUUAUUUUGGGAUCCACAAUAUACAGAUAUUAAGCUGUUCCAGUCAAUUUUGUUGCUCGAAGAACUAGAAAAAAUUAGAAUAAAGCAUAAGAAUGCUUCGAUUUUAUUGAUGGGAGAUUUUAACAGCCUUCCCGAUUCUAGUGUAUAUAAAUUAAUGGUAGAGAGAAAGAUAGGGGGUUUAGAUUUUGAUAAGUACGACUAUGCCCCAUUUAACGAUGGAUUCCGCCAUUCAAUGAAAUUCUUAGAUGCUUAUGAGAAUCAGGACCUGGCAUUUACUAACUUUACUCCACAUUUCAGAGGUGUUUUAGAUUACAUAUUUCACACAGAAGGACUUGUCAGAUCAAGUGUAAUAUCCUCUGUGGAAGAGGAAUACAUGGAGCGUACAGUUGGUUUACCCAAUAUUCAUUUUCCAUCCGAUCAUAUUCUGAUAGGUGCCCAGUUUCAAAUUAAGGGAAUUCCAAAAAGGAUGUAUAAUUCUAUGAGUAAA